AUGAAAUUUCGCCUAGCUUUGCUCUUUGCUGCUGCAACUGUCUUUGUUGACGGUAGCAACCCGUCAACACUUCCAGAAUCUUACCAGCACGCACUUUCUACUGAGACGCCUACCAAUUCAUUUCAGUUGUUGGAUACUCAAGGAGGCAACAAGUAUCUAAGCUCUUCUUCCAAGGCUGGCACGGCUGGAAGUGGGAAAAAGGCGCUUGAUGAAGAAGAGAGAAACAGCGGGGAGUUGAUUGCCAGCACAGGAAAUAAGCUCUUGACAUGGUUUGAUAAACUCAAGUUCGAUGGAGAAGUGCUUCGUGCAGUUGAUCGUCAGCCCAUUUUUGAUAAUGAGAAAAUCCUUGAGACGAUAAUGCAGUCAGACAAGACAGUCAAUGAUGACGUUGUCAGCUUCAUUCUUCUCCGGGUUGCGCACCAAAAUAUCGUGUCGAAGAUUCGUGGAGAUGAAAGGGAAUAUUAUCUGUCCCUGCUGAAAACCAUUCUUGACGACGAGAAAACCAGAUCUCUUUUUUCGCAGCGUCAUGAUAAAGACAUCAGAUUGGAACUCGAAAGGUCCGGAAACAAAAAAGUUAUUGAUAUUUGGGACGAGUUGGAUAGCAGGCUUUCGGAACCAAAAGAAGACGCGAAUAAGAUCAUUUCGAAACCAUAG